AUGGGCGAAGCCGACAAUUACUACAAUCCGAACCAACAGCCGCCGUACGGCUACUCCAAUGGCGGCGGCUAUCAACAACAAUACCAACCUCAACCUCCCCCUGCGACACACCAGCAACAAUAUCAACAGCCUCCUCCUCAGCAGCCCUACCAACAAGCUGCCCCCCAGAAUGGCAACGGCUACAUGCCCGCCCAAGGCUACGGCGGCAACGAGAAGGCCUCGUUCGAAGAGCAGUUCAAGAUCCCCAAGCCAAAGUGGAACGAUCUCUGGGCUGGAAUCCUCUUCAUCCUCUUCAUGGCCGGCUACGUCGUCGUUUCUGGUAUUGCGCUUCAGGGAUAUGCUGCCAAUAAGGGUAACGCUGGAUCGGGGAUUUACGGUAACAGGAAUGACUUCUCGCUGAACACGAGUACUGUUAUCUUGUUCAUGUUUGUGCUCGCUGUUGCGUUUGUCCUCUCGUAUGCGUACGUUUGGAUGGCGCGGUUGUUUCCGAAGCAGUUUAUUUGGGUCACUGGCAUUCUGAACGUCUGCUGGGCUCUUGGAACUGCCAUCUUUUACCUCUGGCGCAGAUACUGGUCUGCUGGAAUUGUGUUCCUCAUCUUUGGACUUUUCAUGGCCUUCUGUUUCUGGACGUGGAUUUCGCGAAUUCCCUUCUCGGCGCUGAUGCUUCGAACUACCAUCGACGUUAGCAAGAAGUAUGGUCAUGUCUACCUCACCAGUCUGAUCGGAGGCAUCAUCGCGACGGCCAUGUCUGCUUGGUUCUCGAUCACUCUUGUCGCAAUCUACAUCAAGUAUCAGCCUGCAAACGAUAACCCAUCCUGCGCCGAUGGCGGCUGCGGUAAAGGCAAGGUCAUCGGCCUCAUCGUCUUCAUCACGUUUACCAUGUACUGGUUCUCCGAGUGGCUCAAGAACACCAUCCACACCACGAUUGCCGGCGUCUAUGGUUCAUGGUACUUCAACCCCCACAACUUCCCCAAGGACGCCACUCGCGCUUCAGCGAAGAGAGCCUUGACCUACAGUUUCGGUUCCAUCGCCCUGGGUAGCUUGUUGGUCGCUAUCAUCCAGUUCGUCCGCCAGAUCUGCACCGCUGCUCGUAACCAGGAGGCUGCGGAUGGCAGUAUGUUGGGAUACGCUCUGUUCUGUUGCAUUGGCUGCCUUCUUGGUAUUUUGGAGUGGGCUGUUGAAUUCAUCAACAGAUAUGCUUUCUGCCACAUUGCGCUUUACGGCAAGGCUUACUUUGCGGCUGCCAAGGACACAUGGAAGAUGAUCAAGGACCGUGGAAUUGAUGCUCUGAUCAAUGACUGCCUCAUCGGACCCGUCCUUUCGUUCGGCGGCCUCUUCAUCGCAUACGCUUGCGGUCUCCUGGCCUACCUCUAUCUCUACUUCACCGACCCCUCUUACAACAGCGACGGUCAAUAUACAGCAGUCGUCAUGGCGUUCUCGUUCCUCAUCGGCUUCCAGAUCGCCAACAUCUUCACCACCCCGAUUUCGAGCGGUGUCGAGACGAUCUUUGUUGCUGCCGGUUGGGAUCCCCAGGUCAUGUGGCGCGACCACCCCGAGCUUUACCAGGAGAUGUGCAGAGUGUACCCCAAGGUUCAGCAGGUCAUUCAUGACCGAUAA